UGUGUCAAAAAAUCAAACAACAGUGAAUAGGACCGUUUGUGUAUCAUUUUGUAUAUUAUUCGGUGAACAUUGAAUAAAAAAAGCUAAUAUAAACGUGUUAAACCACCUUGUUUUAAUCGUAAGUAAAAAGUGUAUUCUAUAAUAAAAAUAGUGAAAAGUUUAAUGGUCAAAACUGGCGUGGGAGUUGUAAUUUUGGUAGACAGAUGUUUUCUGCCGCCUUAUGAAACACGAGUGAUAUCAAUCGGCCUAUAUUAGGUUGGUAAAAUCCGAACCAACCACGCUACCGUCAUGACGCUACACUGGUGGAUGCACUGGUUCUGGGUGACGUCACUGCUGGUCAUUGUUGCGGGCACCGGAAGAACCCUUGCUGCGCCUCAGUCAGAAGAAAUAGAGCAAGUAUCGAACCUUGAAACUGAACGUUAUGCUGAAAGACAGCCUAGAGCUAUGUAUUUCACGAAAACACCACAACUAACUACUACAAAACCGCCAGAGAACGUAACUCAAAAGGAGAUACCGAAGAGUUCUGUCGCGCCAAAUGUGUCUUCAACAACAGACGCCGUCCAAAUACAGUGGACUCCAGUGAACAUCACAGACAACACAACGUUUGAAAGCAAUCCCAGUGUUAACGCAACUGCUCCUGCAGUUGCUACAUUCACGAACGUGACAGAAGCGCCAAACGCGACAUUUCCCUCCAAAAAGCGGAAUUUGACGAGACCAGACUAUAUCAAAGAUGGUAUUGCUUUAGAGGGAUUGUUGGAGAGUCGGAUAGUGACUGAAAAGCCGUUGUCCUUAGAAACGGCGUUCUUGCAGACGAGGAUACCGCCGAAUAUAGAAUCUUCUAGAAGGGUUAUAGAUCCCGGGGAAGGUGGAAUGGAUACGGGAGCGAUAGCUGGCAUAUCGUUUGCCGCUCUGGUCUUAGCGGCAUUGGCUGGGAGCACUGCGUUCAUUCUAUACAGGAGACGGUAUCUGAACAAACCUCAGACGUUGAACGAUAAAUGUUCUAACCCUGACUCGAGUGGAUAUCUAGAUGAUAGCACUAUAAGAGAUAAUUCUGAAGAAAUGUACAGCCUGGACAACGACUCGUUCCUGAAUUCUCUAGAAGCCAUGACCAUACAGAACUAUUGGACUGACACAGUGAAACACACCAAGUUAUAGAAAGAAACUCAGACACUAUGUGUAAUGUGACAUUUGUGACAAUUUAGCCUUAAGAGUUAAGAUUAAGAUAAAACUUAUCUUCAAAGUUAUUCAGUUAUUUUGUGUUGUGUAAAUAAUUUAGUACACUAAUUGUAGCUUUUACAAUUGUUGUCUUAUUGUGACUGUAUUUAAACCUAGAAAGUUCGCGCUCUUUUUCCGACAUUUUUUCCGCAAUGGCGGCGUUUUGCGUUGUAAAAGAAGCGCAUGUAUGUCGUCUGUAAUCCAAAGUGAAUUUUAAUGGGAAAUUGCCAAAAUCGUUCAUAGUAAAGUACCUGAAUAAGCCCCAACUGCUAAUUUUUAUUGGAAUCUAUAUUUACAUUUGUCACUUUCUCACCUAUGUACAACGCACUUAUUAGAAAAAGAUAGUGUGAUGGUAAAUUUCUCAAUAACGUCGUUCAUUUAGGUAACCUUUAUCGAUCUUUAUUGAAUAAAGAUGGUAAGGUAUACUGGAAUUAAGCAAAAUUCUUAAAUAUCAUUUAAAUCCUGUCGCUUAAAUAAUAUUCUCAUUUCUAAAAUAAAUAUAUUGGCGAUUCAUUAAAAACCCAUUAAUAUGAGAUCUUUCACUGACUUUCACGAAAUAUAUAAAAGAAGUCAAAUUUUGCUUUCUUUCCUUUAAUAUUUUUAGCAGGUGUGGUAUAAAAACAUAAAUUUAUGUAAAAAUACUAUGAAUUGUGGGUAUCUAAUUAGUCGGUUUUUGAAUAUAAUAUUCGAUGGCCCUAUUUGCCAAUGGGUGUAAGAAAGAACUAUAAUUUUAAUUAUUAUUGUUAAUAUGACUUAACAGAUUAUUUAUUUCAUUUUACGGCGAUUGUUAAUAAUUAGUAAAUAUUUAGUACUUAAUUUUGUGAUAAAUGUUAAACCUACAGCAUUAUUUUAUUAAACAAAAUACUUUUUCAUUGCAACUGUUAAUCGUAGAUAGCUGGCAACAUUAACAAAAAUGACGCUUCAAUUCCCGCCAAAAGAAGAUAAACGCCUGUAAAAAAUAUAAUUGUCAUGCAUGAUUUAAAAAAAUAUGUAAAUGUAAUAAAGGCGGGAUAUUUUCUAAAGGCUCCUAAACGCCAAAUAAAUAUCGGUAUGUAUUAAUUUGCAUAAUGUAGAAAUAGACGCUAAUGAUCUCAGUAUUCAAAUUAGUUUUUGUUCGUAAAAUUAUAUUUUAGCUUCAUAAUACUAUUUAUUAGCUGUAAUAUAUUGUAAUUUAAUUCAACUAACUUACGUUUGAAUAACUUACCAAAAUAUAUAACUUUUAAUUUGUUUAUUAAUAUAUUUGAUAAUUCUUGCGAUUUUAUAAGAGUAUGUAUAUGACUUAUUAGUUUAUUUACUUAAAUACAUAUCCUUAUUUUUUCACUUGCCAUUUCUUUUUUGUAUAGCAACUACAUCAUAAAAUUUUGAAACUUCAUUUGUUUCGGCAAUUUUUUGUUAUAGUGUGUUCUUUUUGAGCGCAAAAAGAAGGCUCACACUGAAACAAUAUUCUAAAUUAUACUAUUUUGCAAUAGUACCUACAAUAGGCAUACAAAACCAAAGAAAAAUAUCAAUUUAUAAGAUACACAAUCCAUUUACAUAAGAAAAAUAAAAUAAAAAGACGUGUGGCAUUCGGGGACUGCCGCGGUAAAGCAUUCCUUCAAGCCACACCUCCGUGCCCGUCGGA